GCGGAGCGGCGGCCGCGCGGGGCGGCGGAGGCGGCGGAGCGAUGGCGUGCGGGGGCUUCGCCUGCUCCAAGAACUGCCUGUGCGCCCUCAACCUGCUCUACACGCUGGUGAGCCUGCUGCUGAUUGGAAUUGCAGCAUGGGGAAUUGGCUUUGGCCUCAUCUCUAGUUUCAGAGUUGUUGGAGUGGUAAUCGCAGUAGGAGUCUUCCUCUUCUUUAUUGCCUUAGUUGGAUUGAUCGGUGCAGUGAAACAUCAUCAAGUAUUGCUAUUCUUUUACAUGAUUAUUCUUCUGCUAGUCUUUAUUGUCCAGUUUUCUGUCUCCUGUGCCUGUUUGGCACUAAAUGAGGAACAGCGGAGUGAACUUCUAGAGGUGGGAUGGAGUAACACCAACAGCGCAAGAACAGAUAUUGAGAGAAAUCUGAAUUGUUGUGGAUUCAGAGCUUUUUAUCCGAAUGAAACCUGCGCCGCUGAUUGUCUUAGAAAUCUCCACUGUAAACCAUGUGCACCAAUAAUGGAAGAAUAUGCUGGAAUGGUGCUGAGAUUUGUUGGUGGGAUAGGACUCUUCUUCAGCUUCACAGAGAUUCUGGGAGUUUGGCUGACUUACAGAUACAGGAACCAAAAGGAUCCCCGUGCAAACCCUAGUGCAUUUAUUUGAUGAGUUUAUAAAGGACUAAAUCUUCUCUCUGCACCAUCUACUUAAAAAUACUGAUUCUCCAUAGUUUGGUAUUUCUCCAUAAUAGUUAUUCUACAUGUACUCAAAAUAAAACACAAGUCCUGUAAGAAAUGUGUAGUUUUCAUAUUUAAUUUCUACUAUUUUUCUUCUAAGAAUCUCUAUCUUAAAGUAGAUGGGUGCAUUCAGUAGCUGGGCAGAGUUGAACUGCUGGUUAAGACUUUGUUAAUUGUUAUGGUAAACUCUGUACAAUGAGUUUUAUAGCACUACUGGGUUAUCUGCUGUAAAAAAAACCCUAGAGGUAUUUUCUGCUGUAUUCAUUGAUUACAGAAAUUCACAUGGAUUCUCAUUAAAAUGAUAAAAAUUUACGGUGGAUGGUUGGGUAUGAUUUACUUAGGUUUUAGGAUGUACUCUAGUAAAUUUUUUUGUCUCCCACUUUCUUGUUAAGGUAAAAAUAGAAGCUAGAGAUGUUAUUUUCUAUAGUGCACAAAAGUGUAUGUUAAUGACUACUGUAGUCUUCACCCCUCCCCCUUUCCUGAUUGUUUUGGUUUUCUGGUAGCUUUAGAAUUUUGUUGAGAAUAAAAACAAUGUUAAUGAAUAUUGUCAUUAUGAGAACAAUGAAUGAAGAAAACCAGGAGAAUGUAAUCUGCAGCUGAUUAACUUGAAACUUUUUUCCCUUGACAAUGAAUGAGGUUUGGUAUUUGCACAAUCAGUGUCUGUCAUCUCUGAUAUAAGAAACUUGAUGUCUGGAAAGUUGUUGUACAGCUAUUUUUUUUUAGAUGGUGUAAAGUCAUUGUUGUAAUAACUCAGCAGUGUAUAUUUCUGUGUCAUCCAGAUAACAGUCUUGAUUUCAUGAGAGAUUGAAUGACAUGUAAAAAAAAACAAGAAAGAAAAACAGCAACAAAAAAAUUGCUUUCCAGUAGUUUGUUUUCUGAAAACAAAGAAUUCAAGUUAGAAUGGUAUGUUACCCAGGUAGAAAGUGUUGUCUGAGCUGAAGGGGAGCGUGGUCCCUCUUGCUGCCUGUGAAAGAAGUGGUGCAUCAGCUGAAACAGCAGACAUCUAAACACCCAAGGUGCACAGUGUCCCAUUUGUUUCUAACCAUACUGAAUUGCAGAUCUGCACUGCACCUUUUCUUCAUUCAUUCUUCACUCAGUUGCUGCUGCAGUCAGGGUAGGCAGUUGCUGUAGCCUGAAAGACAAAUCUACAGGAAGAAAAGGGGAAGAGUAUUAAGGCCCUCUGCCAAGGAAUACAGCACCUGAGCAAGGUGGAAAGGAAAUCUGGAGGCAGACAGAAGUAGAUUCUCAUACAGUCAGUCGCCCUUUACUAGAGAGAUCCCUCCUUAUUCCUGCAGAGGAGGCAAAAAGUUGAAACACAUACCCAUCAAAGCACUUUCAGACUUUCAUGAGCUGAGUGCUUCUGAAGAAGGAAUUAUCUUGAGGUUUUGAAGGGGAAGAGCAGAAACUAAAAGCAGAGGGAUGUCAAGAACUUGCUAUAGAACUGCUUCUCUUCAGGUGUAGCUGAAUUUUCAGCAUUCAGGGUCAGCACCUUCUCCUGGAGCUGCUCUGGGAGCUGCUGCUGUGCCUACCCAGCAGCUGUGUCUGGCUCAAACACAGACCUGGAGAGCCAGGAUAUGAGCCCACUCGUGUGCUGAAACACCUUAAGAGCCUUCAGGCCUGCUGAAGUCCAAUAAAAUGUACACAGUGCUUUUCUUCUCCCAGUUGCUGUUCUGUUACCCUCAGUUUCUCUCCAGCCAUUCCCAAUGUGUGUCAAGAGGACAGUGAUGAUCUCAUGGCUGCCUUUAGGAGCAGUUAAUUUUCCUGGUCUACACAGGUUCUGUGUUUUGUGCAUUACAGUAAUAAAUCCAAGGAGUUGUCAUAUGGAGAGGGUUAAUGAAGCUUAAAAUAAUACCAUAUUGCUGCUUCAAUUUUAACUUUCUUCCUAAUUGUUUUUGUAGUGCUUAGUUUUGGGUGGAUCUGGUUUCAUAAAUAUGGUAGAUUAUACUGGAGUGUAAACGUGCACCAAUACAAAAAUACUGAAAAUAUUACCACUUCCAAAACUCUAAUGUCUCAUAAUGUGAAUUUGUUUUAGUAGUCAGAAGAUAGAUCAGUGGAUUGUAUGGAAUGAUUAAAGUUUUUCUAUUGUAUUAAAAAUA